GGUUUAGAAGUCAAGAAAAGUUGAAAUCAGCAGCGGCUCCGCGGGUCUAUAUAUUUACCAGUUCCGUCGCUUACCAAAAGCCUUUGAAAAAAGAAAAAUAAAAAAACGGAUUUCAUGCCGUUUCCUUCAGAUCUCGAAUUUCCGCAAUUCAUAUAAUAUAAAAAAACGCAGGAAAAUUUUCCUCCUUUCGAGCCCUAGAAAUCGCAGAGAAGGGAAAAGGGAAGAGCUGUCGGAGCAAUGACGGAGAAGAAAUUCAUCAUCGAGAUGGAGAAGGCGAAGGACGCGACGGAAGGGAGGCCGUCCGUCGGGCCGGUUUACCGAAGCGUCUUCGCUAAGGACGGAUUUCCUCCGCAUGUGGAAGGAAUGGAGAGCUGCUGGGACGUUUUCCGCCUUUCUGUUGAGAAGUAUCCGAGAAACAAGAUGCUUGGCCACCGUCAGAUUGUGAAUGGGAAGCCAGGUGAAUAUGUGUGGCUAACUUACAAAGAAGUGUAUGACAUAGUAAUAAAAGUUGGACAUUCUAUCCGUAGUUGUGGUGUUGAGCCGGGAGGCCGGUGUGGUAUCUAUGGUGCCAAUUGUCCUGAAUGGGUUAUGAGUAUGGAGGCUUGCAAUGCUCAUGGCAUUUAUUGUGUCCCUUUAUAUGAUACACUCGGUGCUGGUGCAGUGGAAUUUAUUAUAUGCCAUGCGGAGGUUUCAAUUGUUUUUGUGGAAGAAAAAAAGAUCACUGAGGUGUUUAAAACAUUUCAUAAUACAACCAAAUUCUUGAAAACAAUUGUGAGUUUUGGCAAGGUUACAACUGAACAAAGAGAACAAACUGAAAAGUUUGGUUUGACAAUAUAUUCUUGGGAUGAAUUUUUGCUACUGGGGGAUAAUCAGCACUUUGAUCUUCCAGUAACAACUAAGACCGAGAUCUGUACAAUAAUGUAUACUAGUGGAACAACAGGUGACCCUAAGGGAGUUCUGAUUUCCAAUGAUAGCAUUAUUACUCUAAUUGCCGGCGUGAAGCGGCUGCUUCAGUCCGCGAAUGAACAGUUGAACGAGGAGGAUGUUUAUUUAUCUUAUCUCCCUCUGGCACAUAUCUUUGAUCGGGUGAUUGAGGAGUUGUUUAUUUCUCAUGGUGCCUCAAUAGGAUUUUGGCGUGGGGAUGCAAAACUAUUAAUUGAAGACAUUGGGGAGCUAAAACCAACUAUUUUCUGUGCUGUUCCACGUGUGCUGGAUCGGAUCUAUACAGGUCUGACAGAGAAGAUUUCUUCAGGAGGUUUCUUGAAGCGUACAUUGUUUAACAUUGCAUACGAGUACAAACAACAUAACAUGCGGAAGGGAUCUAAACAUGUAGAGGCAGCACCACUUUUUGACAAAGUAGUUUUCAGCAAGGUAAAGCAAGGAUUAGGCGGAAAAGUACGACUUAUUUUAUCUGGAGCUGCUCCACUUGCAACACAUGUGGAAGCUUUUCUACGGGUGGUGGCAUGUGCUCAUGUUCUACAAGGCUAUGGUCUGACGGAAACUUGUGCGGGGACAUUUGUCUCACUACCAAAUGAACUAUCAAUGCUUGGUACAGUGGGCCCUCCUGUGCCAAAUGUAGAUGUGUGCCUGGAGUCUGUUCCUGAAAUGGGAUAUGAUGCCAAUUCAAGCACACCACGUGGAGAGAUUUGUGUAAGGGGAAAUACCCUGUUCUCAGGAUACUUUAAACGAGAAGACCUCACGAAAGAAGUCAUGGUUGAUGGAUGGUUCCACACAGGGGAUAUCGGCGAGUGGCAGUCAAAUGGGAGUAUGAAAAUCAUUGACAGGAAAAAGAACAUUUUCAAGCUUUCACAAGGAGAAUAUGUUGCGGUUGAAAAUCUGGAGAACAUCUAUGGUGAAGUUUCUGAAAUUGACUCGAUAUGGAUAUAUGGAAACAGCUUCGAGUCUUUCCUCAUCGCCAUUGUCAAUCCCAACAAGCAAGCACUUGACUUGUGGGCUGAGGAGAAUGGCCAAAGUGGGGAUUUUGCUGCUCUCUGUGAGAAUCCCAAGGCAAAAGAAUACAUUCUUGGGGAACUUACAAAGCAUGCCAAAGCAAAGAAGUUAAAAGGUUUUGAAAUCCCGAAAGCUGUCCAUCUUGACCCAGUACCAUUUGACAUGGAGCGAGACCUUCUCACCCCAACCUACAAGAAAAAGCGGCAACAGUUGCUCAAAUAUUACCAGAGCGUCAUUGAUGACAUGUACAAGAAUGCAGCCAAGUGAGCAAAAUAUCCCCAGUUGGAAGAUGCGAAUACUGGCCAUGUACAUGGGGAACCAUAUCCCAUUUCAUGUGAUUUGAACAUUUACUAUGCCUUUUUAUUUAUUUCUAUUAUUUUGACUGUACAUAUUGAUACGUUUCAAUGCACUGCCAUAGCUGCUGUGUAGAGUGAAAAAUGUGUGUGCGUCCUAAUGAGAAUCAGUUAAAAUGUCCAGGAAGAAUAAAAUCAUAUUUAUGCUUACCCUUUGCCAAA